CAAGCUUUGCCGCUGGGCGGCAAUUCCUGGAGCUUCUACGCGCAGCUAAUCAAGCGCUGCGGAGCAUCGGAAGAUUGCGCCGCUGGAAGAGCGGCUCACAGAGAGCUCCAGCGCCUCGGCAUCGAUCAAGACACAUAUCUAGGUAAUCUCCUCGUCCAGAUGUAUGGAAAAUGCGGGUAUGUGGAAGAGGCCAUGGCGGUGUUCCAGAGAAUAAAGGACAGGAACGUCUUCUCGUGGACGAUCCUCAUGGACGCGUGCACAGAGAAUGGAUUGAGCGAGCUCACGCUGGAGCUGUUUAGAAGAAUGCUGCUAGAAGGCAUCCGGCCGGAUAGAGUGGCGUAUCUGGGUGUUCUAAAGGCUUGUUCCGAGCUGAGAUAUCUGGAAGAAGGCCGACAAGUGGAGAACCUUUUGCUGCGGCAGCUUGGAAAAUGCGAGAAGGGUGUUCGAGAGUUUCCAUGAGAAAGAUUUGGUUUGCUGGAACUCGAUGCUCGCAGCUUACGCUAAACACGAGAAAACUGGCCGGCAAACUCUGGAGUUCUUUCAAAAGAUGCUACUGGAAGGUGUGGCAGCCAAUGUAGUGAGCUUUACCUGCGUAGUGGGAGCUUGCUCGAGGCCAGAGCUUUCAGAACAGGGCACUGUGAUCCACGAACAGAUAACUUGCAGUGGAUUGGUUGCGGAUAGCUUCUUGGCUGCUGCACUCGUCAACAUGUACAGCAAAUGUGGACGUCUUGGCUCUGCCUGGGAACUUUUCCAAAGAGUUGAUGUGAAGAUGAGUUUGGUUUCGUGGAACUCCAUUCUAGCAGCGCAUGCUCAACGAGCUGAUCUCACGAAAGUUCUGGAGAUUUUUGGGAUGCUUCAACUUGAAGGCUUGAAACCGUCUGGAGUAACUCUGAUCAGUGUCCUUGGAGGUUGCUGUUCUACGCAAGCGCUUCGAAUCGUGGAACAUAUUUACGAGCGGGUAGCACAAGAGGGUGAGAUUUCUCAUGAUUUAUUCCUAGGUACUGCUUUGAUGACCUCCCUUUGUGAUUGUGGAAAGCUGGCUGAUGCUGAGUCUCUUUUUUACAGGUUAAACCGUUGGAACGCUGCGUCCUGGAACACGAUGAUAGCAGGCUACGUUCAACAUGGUUUUGACCUUCAGGCCCUUCACUUACUUUAUGAAAUGGACUUGGAAGGCAUCAAGCCCAACGUCGUAACUUUCCUGGGUAUUGUUGAUGCGUGCUCUUCUUUGGCUGUUCUUGGGAAUGCUAAAGCUGUUCACGAGCGUAUUUCAGCUUCCAAGGUCGGCCUAGACACCGUUUUAGGAACCGCCAUCGUGAGUAUGUACGCAAAUUGUGAUAGCUUGGAGGACUCAAGGCGAGUAUUUGAAUCAUUGGAUUUAAGAGACACCGUUUCAUGGAAUGCUGUGAUUGCGUGCCACAGUGAUUUGGAGGCAGCUUCCUGGUUCGUCAAAAUGGAUCUUGAAGGUGUCAAACCAGACAAGAACACAUUCACUGCCAUGUUUGCUGCAUCCACAACUCUGCAACAAGGUGAGAUGUUCUUACAGCGAUUUAUGAACGUUGGUUAUGAGCUCGAUGAUGUUGCAGUGUUGUCUCUGAUCGAACUCUAUGGCAGAUUUGGAAAUGUAACUGCUGCUACAGACGUUUUCAACGCCCUGAAGAAUAAGAACGUGGUGUCCUGGACUGCAAUGGUAACAGCGUGCAUGAACAACGAGACUGGAGUUGAAGAGGCCUGGCUUCUCUUUCAAAGGAUGCAGUUGGAAGGCAUCAAGCCCAACAGUGUAACUUUCAUCAGCUUGCUUGGAUGCAAUUGUAGCUUCAUACAAGGCAAGAGGCUUCACGAGCUUAUUUCAACCUCAGCUGAACUGACGGUAGAUCCUCUCAUUGCGGCAGCGCUGAUGAACACGUAUGCAAGGACUGGCAACCUGCAUCGCACAAGAGAUGUGUUCGAAGAACUUCAAUGGAGCGAACUUUGCUGGAACUCCCUGCUCAGAGCUUACGCAGAACAAGGACACGCCUAUCAGGUACUGGAGUCUUUUCGGUGCAUGAUUCACCAAGGCCUCAAGCCAGACAACGACACAUUUAUCUUUGUUCUUCAUGCCUGCAGCCAUGCCGGGAGCGUCGAGCAAGCUUGCGACCUGUUCAACUCAAUCACCAGAGAUCACAAUUUGCUUCCCGCAAUCCAGCACUACGUCUGCGUCAUUGACCUUCUGGGCCGAGCGGGCUGGCUAGAAAAUGCUCACGAGCUUAUCAACAGGAUGCCGUACCAGCCAAACUCUUUGGCUUGGAGCACGCUGCUUGGUGCGUGUGGAAUGUAUGGGGAUACGGACAGAGGUACCCAUGCCGCCGGACAAGUGACUACGAUUGAGCAAGGUCAGCAUGGAGCUUCUUACGUAUUGCUUUCCAACAUUCUGAGCGGCAGGGAAGUCUAGAGGUCGAGCUUCUUGAAUCAAGGAAGCACCGUGAUCAGGUACUUGUUUACCUUCGUUAUAAUAGUUAUUCUAGAAAGCGGGGCGUUCCUCCGCGACAACUUUAGUAGAA